GCAGAGUUUUCAAUUGCUAAUUUCAUGGUCAUCUGACAACCAUCUCGCUGGCCGUGACGACAGAAAUUUCUACACAACGACAAAAACGGAAUCUUUUGUGUACAAGCAAAACCUACUUAAAUAGUUUAUGAACUUUGUCAUAUGAAAAGUUUCAUAAGGACAAUACAUCUCACCAAAACGAUACCUUUAUCAAAUUAGUGGCAAGUGCGUGAAACCAAAAUGUCAACUCCAGCUAGAAGACGCCUAAUGAGGGAUUUCAAACGCUUGCAAGAGGACCCACCCACUGGAGUUUCCGGUGCUCCUACUGAUAAUAAUAUCAUGAUCUGGAAUGCUGUAAUAUUUGGACCCCAUGACACUCCAUUCGAAGAUGGCACAUUCAAGCUCACAAUAGAAUUCACAGAGGAAUACCCUAACAAACCUCCAACAGUUCGAUUUGUGUCUAAAAUGUUCCACCCCAAUGUAUAUGCUGAUGGAGGCAUUUGCUUAGACAUCCUGCAAAACCGAUGGAGCCCGACAUAUGAUGUGUCAGCUAUAUUAACUUCUAUACAGUCAUUACUAAGUGACCCUAAUCCCAAUUCACCUGCAAACUCCAUGGCAGCACAGCUUUAUAAGGAGAACCGACGGGAAUAUGAAAAACGGGUGAAAGCAUGUGUAGAACAAUCGUUCAUUGACUAGCAGGGGUCAACCAGGAUCUCAGUUACAUGUGGUGUACACAAUACCUGCUGCCGAUCACGACGGCCAAUACCUCCUUAUAAAUUUCAUUGGGACAAACAUGUAAAUUAUAAAUACAUACAUUAUUACAUGCCAAGUUUACUGCAAAAGUGUACCAGAUUAAUAAAUAAGCAUGGGUUUUGGUAAACUAAACUAAUAAUUGAUAGAUAAACCAAAAUUUGAGUCAACAGGUAAUAUACAUAGACAAAUAGUUCCAUAUAAUAUUCUAUUAUAACUCAUGGACAAUAUUAAACCUUACUGCAUAACAAUAACUAUAAGAAUAAUAUCAGCAUUAUAUUCUAAUGUAUCAUCUCAUGUGUGAACUACUUUCUUUCCUAGUAUCAUUAAUACCUUGUCUCACCACAUUAUUAUAAUUAUUGUAAUUAAUGAAAUGAACAAUAGUUAUAUUUGUAAAUUGCAGUAUUUUUCAAUAGAACUAUCAUUACUAAUAAUUAGUUAAAAUGUAUGAACUUUUAUCAAGUAAAUAGCUUUGGAUGAAAAUUUACUAAAGCUUUGCUUGGCUACAAUUUUAGGCUCUGGUAGCAAUGCCAUAUCUCCAAAACUAACUAAAAUAAUUCUAUAAUUUAAAAAAUAACAAUUUACUUUAUAAUAUUGAUUAUUCAUUGUUUAGAUGACUUUUGGAGUACUUUAAUAUUUUAUUAUUAAUGAAGUAUACAUGUUAUGUAGAAAUUGUAAUUAUUUGCUGCAUUAUUGUAAUUGUUAAUUACCCAAAACCCCUCGUGGGUAUUAUCAAGUGUUUACCUAAAAUAGUACAAGUUUUAUUUUUAAUUUUCGAAAUGAUUAUCUAUUGACUCCAGUGGUUUUAUACUAAUAUAUUGUCAUAAAUAUUCUGCUGCACAAAAUUGAGUCUCAUUCAAUGUAUAUUAUAAGUGUCCCAAUGGAUAUUUUUGAAAUGUGUAGCAGUUUUCUUGUUUUCUAAUAAAGCUGAAUGUUUGAAAUGUCUUGUGUUUCAAGGACAUUUAAGUAUGUGUAAUAUUUCGUCUUCUAGUAAAAUAUUAUUUUCGGUUUAAAA